UAUUACUUACAUGAGACAUGGGGUUGCUCUAAAAUUCAGAAGGACAUUUGUCGCAAUUCCUCGUUUUGUACACGAUUGAAGAGUUAACCUAAAAAAAUGAUUGUAAUUAAACGCAACUAGUUUAAAUCAGUCCCGGACCGGUUAAGUGUGUUUAUUAUUGCCCAAGUGCUCAUUUCGUGCCUUUUUUUCAAUAAAACUCGACUAAAAAUGGUAAUGACAUAACCUCACAAAACCAUGACAUAACCUCCAAAAUGAGUCAAGCGACUAGUUCAAGUGAGGAAAUAACCAACGAAGACCGUUUAUUAGAGUUGGCAAAAGGCAAACCUGAAGGAAUUUCAAACGAGAACAUAAAACAAGCAAUUCCGAAUUUACCCCUUGAAGAACUCGCCUUAAUAAUCAACAAAUGUUUAAAAAAUGGUUCUUUGGAGUUAUUCAAGACCAAGGACAAGCUCCUCUACAAGUACAAAGACUCGUCCAAGAAGCCCCUCAUUCGGGGGGCUGACAAUGAGGAAAAACUCGUUUUUAAAAUAAUCGAAGAAGCUGGAAAUAAAGGGAUUUGGAUUCGAGACAUUCGUUUCAAAUCAAACCUAAAUAUGACUCAACUCAAUAAAGUACUUAAAAGUCUCGAAACGAAAAAAAUCAUCAAAGCCGUUAAAUCAGUCUCGGCUAGUAAGAAAAAAGUGUACAUGUUGUACGACUUGGAGGCUGAUAGUUCGGUCACGGGGGGCGCUUGGUACCAAGACCAGGACUUUGAAUCGGAAUUUGUGGACGUUUUAAGUCAGCAAUGUUGCAGAUUUUUGCGUCAGAAAUGGGAAGAGGCGAAUAGUAUGGGGGGUGGGCCACUUCUAGCCCGAAAUCGGAGCUAUGCCACCGCUCAAGACGUCCACAAGUUUAUUUCCGAAUUGGGAAUUAGUAAAAUUUCGUUAUCGAUUAAUGAUAUUGAAAGUAUUUUGUAUACAGUUGUUUUGGAUAAUAAUGCAGAGAGAAUUGUGGCCACAAAUGGCUCGUUUUUAUACAGAGCUGUCAAUAAAUUUAUGCCAACACCUGGUAUUGUUAAGACCACGUGUGGGAUUUGCCCCAUUGCCAACAGGUGUGCAGAUACCGGUUUUAUUAACCCGAAAGUGUGCAAUUAUUUCACUGAAUGGCUUGAAUAAAGUUUUUACACACUUAAUGGUUUUUUUA